CCUGCCGGGAGCAGCGGUUGAGGGAGAGAGAGUAGCUUUCAGACUGACGCCUCCUCGUCCAUCGGCGUCGGAGCAGAGUGAGAGAAAAAGUUCGGAAAUGGCGAAAAUGAAGAGCGACUCUCCGAUCGCACGGCGCAUCGUCAGAGCUUUUCUCGAGUUUCUCGCUAAUGUUCGACUCGCCCCUGAGACUGAUCUAGAGGGUCUCGAGGUCGCUAAGGAAUGUCUGGUAAACAUGUUUAAGGUCGAUAAUGCCUCUCCAACUGAUGAGUUUUGCGGACAAGAAUUGUUAGUGGACUUUGUCGAGUCUCAUCAAGCCAGUGGUGAAGCCAAUAUCUUGCAGGGAAUGGCAUAUCAGGGCAAUUGUCCAACAAGGAAACCCUUUGCCACUGGUAGCCGAUCAUUUAAAGAUCAGUUUUACCGGAAGUUCCGUGAUUCUCUUCAUGAUAAGGACAUUCUGGCGAUUGACUAUCAAAUGCUUGAUGGUGUACUUCAACAGAGGAAGGGGCAUCAAUUAAUACAUAAAGCCGUAGAUGAGCUGGAAGGUUCUGGAUGCUGUGAAUUUAACAAUUACAACGUGGCUGAAAGCUUGAAAUCACAAGGCGACAAAGCUAUGGGGUCGAACCAGACUUCUAAUGCAAUUCAGCUCUAUACAUGUGCCCUUGCACUUCAUGGAGAUAGUGCGACUUACUAUGCUGACAGGGCAGCUGCUUUCACUGAGAUCGGAGAGUACAAUGAAGCCUUUGAAGACUGCCUUGCUGCCAUUCACUUUGACCCCAAAUAUUGGAAUGCAUAUAAUCGUCUUGGUGCUGUAUAUUAUGCUCUCGGGAAGUACAGUGAAGCUAUCGAGAAGGGGUUUAAGAAAGCUCUGGAACUGAAUCCAGACAAUGCCUCUAUUAAAGAGAACAUUCAGAUGGCUGUGCAAAAACUUGGACGUGGACUGCGUGAGAGAGAACAUAACCAGCAGAGGGAUGAAGACGCGACCAACUGAAGCCGGGACUGAAUUAAUCCUAACUCUUGCAAGUUGACCUAAUGGAGCUUUCAUCGGUGGAACCAAACGUAGUCAGUGUGCAUGAACUCUUAGCGUAGUGGCUUUUUUUUGCAUAUCUAGAACUGCUUAACUGAGAUGUGAUAUGGUUCGCUGGAUAGGAUCAGUCUUACUUGUCGGAAAUGGUCCAAGUAUUAUUGAACUGACCUUAUGAAUUUAAGUUUGAACUGAAUAUAGACCACUAUCAUUAAAUCUAUUCGGUGCAGGGAAGAAUUGUGAGUAUCAAAUUUGAAAUCAAUCUGGUUUUGGGAACGGCA